AUGGCGCACAAGGCUCCGAGCAUGCAGAUCUACAGGCUACAAAUGCGUCUCUAUCUUAGCUGUGACCCCCAGCUCACAGAGUACGGGGUUGGCCACGCCGAGCUGCGCAGCACUGCACUGCGCCGGGCGUCUUUUAAAAAGUUAGCGUGGCGCAGCGGCACCAGCCAGAGCGUGCCUAGACGUGGUCUGGAGCGAGUGUGUUGUGUUGUGUCGCGUCGUGUGGUGGUGUGUCAGUGUCUGCGUCUGAGGCCGGUGGUGAAAAGCAUGUGCAGCGAUGGCAGUGGGAGCAGCACACCCAGCAAGGGGUCCUCAUCCAUGGAGAACAGCAGCAGACCACGAUGUGUGUCAGUGCUGGCGUUGCUGCUGGUGUGGGUGUGCGUCUCCAGUGGCGAGGUGUCGCCCUGCGGCCCGUUCAAAUGUAGCGUCUCGCUCCAGAAGACACUCCAGAUCACACGCAUACUGCACAAGGAGACUGGCGGCCUGCUCAAAAUAUAUAAAGCCAAUCAGGGCGAGGGGGUGGAGUUCAUGUGCCAGGCCCAGGCGGAGGGCGUUCCCGAGGCCACCAUAUCGGGCCAGGAUUGGACGGAGCGCCUGACCUCCAUCAACGCCCGGCUGCGCGAGUUCGCGCCGCACCUGCAGCGCGUGGCGGAGCAGCAGAGCGACCUGCAGCCCCCAGGCUGCCCCCUGCUGGCCACCAUGGAGCGGGUGCAGGCGCGCGCCUCCUUACUCCUGCGCCGGGAGAACUGCCUCCUGCGGGAGGUGCUGCCCAACAGCGUGCUGGAGCCCCCCAGCCCCACGACGCAGGGGGGCCACGCCGCGCUACCGCCCCCGCUCAACACCUUCCAGCAGAAGACCUACGGCUGCAGCGUGCUGACCCGCCUCCGAGCCUUCCUGUCGGCCAGUCAGAAGGAGCUGAAGGCCCUCAAGGGUGUGGCUUGCAAGCGACGGACAGAGCUGCUGGCCAAUAGGGUUGGGUCGCUUGGACCAUGAGCGCAAUGACUCCCAACUCCGACCGGACAUGAACUAACCGAUCAAGUUUAUCAAAUGCUUUUUUUCGUAUAUUUAUUGUGCCUUAUUUAUUUGGGUGGUAAUAAUAUAAUUAUUUGUGAUAUUAUUAUGAGAAUUGUUAUUAUAUAUUUUUUAUUCUGAAUUUGCAAAGCCCUGCUGGUUUGGGGCUGUAAUGUAAGUAGCAGAUCAAUGAUUGUCCUGCCUAUAUGUCAUUUAAACACACAUUCAAAUGUGCCUACGUACAUAUAAAGACACACACACAAACACACGCACACACACAAUGCAAGUCUCUCCAUUUCCAACACAUAGACACAGACACUGACACAGACACACACACACACAUACACACACACACACCCAUACACAAACUGACCAUCACACCACAGGCAGUGCCUUGAGGGUCAAAGAGACUACCUUAUAACUUUGUAGCUUGCACUGAAGAGGAAUCUGAAAAAAAAAACAAGCAAAACAGGAAAGUGUAAUUUAGUAAUGCCCGUUUUGGACAUUAAAAGACGGAUCAGACAAAUAUAAAAGAGGCCCUCCAGGGAACAGAAAAUGUAAUCUAGUAAUGGUAAAAAACACCCUGAAGAAGGCCAUAAGGGCCGAAAUGCGUAGGCAUUGUAGCCACAUAAAAAGUAAAACAAAUUGUAACCUUGAGUGCCUCAGCAUUUGUCUACCUAGACCAAGUUUGAGAGCCCCUACACUGAUGAGCACCAAGGAAAAAAUGGUGAAGACCCAGAAGCACUCUGAGUACCUUGUUUGUGUUUAUGUAAUCUAGUAAUGUUUAUUAUGGACUUGAUCAGACAAAAAGAAAUCGAAGAAGUCCUCCAGGGAACAAACAGCAGUCCACGACCUUUCACCUUUCACCUUUCACCUUUGGACGAUCUCAGGAUCAGUCACCAUGCACCUUACUGUGACAGCUGUACUGUGGGAGCUUUUGGAGAUGGCGAAACAUAACGACUGAUGAAUGAAUGUUUUUUUUUUCUUUUUUUCUUUUCAUAAUGGCAAAAAAGAUGACUGCACAUUUCCUGAAAUGUGAAUGAUAAUAAUAA